AUGGCUUCUUCUUGUGGCACACUGUUGUAAGCGAGGCAGCCUCUGUUGCUGUUUUUUCUGGGUUCACUUUUCCUGGCAGUGACCUCUGUCUCUGUUGGCCUUGCCUUCUGGGAAAACCAGAAUCCUCAAAGCCACCUUUGUGUCAAAAGAUGUUCAUCAACGACAUGGAACUUGAACGUGAUCCACUGGAGCAAGGACAUGGUCAAGGAAUUAAGGAACGAGAAGAAGAACUGCGCGAACGUGCGGAGGAAAGGAAGCGGCGAGAUGAACGACGUCGUCGAGAACGAGAAGAGGAACAACGUCGACGUGAGGAAGAAAGAAAGCAGAGAGAAGAAAGAACGUCAUCGAGAACGAGAGGGAGAACGAGAGGAAGAACAGGAAGGACAAGGUUCUCAGAAUCAGGAUCCUUAUCACUUCCGAUCUCAUAGCUUUCAAACCCGCUUCCACAAUGAACGUGGUCGCGUCCGAGUCUUCCCAAGGUUCGACCGGAGAUCGCACCACCUCCGCUGGCUCCGAAACUAUCGAUAUGUCGAGUUUGAAUUACAACCACAUUCUCUCUUUCUCCCCCACCAUCGCGAUGCUGAAGCUCUCAUUGUCGUCCUCGAAGCCAAGUUUGAGACAGCCUUGUUCAUUCAUAAUAAUGGAAGGGCCAUUGCUAGUAUUGCGAACCAGACUAACAGAGAGACCUUCCACCUGGAGGAAGGUGACUUGGUUAGGUUUCUGGCGGGGUCUCUGAUUUAUACUGCUAAUGUUGAAGGUAACCAGAGGUUCAGAGCUGCCAACCUUGUCUUUCCCAUCAACAGUCCUGGGCAAUACCAGGGUCUUGCUGGUUUACUUCUGCACAAUUUAUAUCCCUCUGGCAAUCAAAACCCUCAGGCAUACUACAAUGCCCUCAGCGAGAAAACUCUUGAGGCCACGUCAGAACUAGACCGGAAGAGGAGUACAAAGGAUUCUAUUUGGACGGCAGAAACAGGGAGACAAGGACAGGGACAGAGUUCAGAAGAGGGAGUGAUGGUGACAUUGUCAAGGGAACACUCAAGGGAACUGAGAAAACAUGCAGAAUCAUCACCUAGCUCAGGAAGAAGAAGAAGAAGAAGAAGAUCAUCCUCAAGUUCUUCGUCAGGUCCAUUCAACUUGAGAAAGCAUGAACCUCGUUAUUCCAAUGAAUAUGGCAGCUUGUGGGAGAUGAUAUUUGUCCUUGCAGAUCAUCCUGUAGCUUUCAGAGCUUCACGGACGAGUAACGUUAGGGCGAUUGCAUUCCUUCUUAAUGCCAAGAACAACCAGAGAGACUUCAUCGGAGGUGAGAGAACCAAUGUGAUUAAGCAGAUAGAUAGGAGAGUGAAGGGGAUGGUAUUCCAAGGGUCUGGCGAAGAAGUGGAGAGACUUCUCAGAAACCGGAAGGAAUCAUAUUUUGUGAAUGCUCAGCGUCGUCGUCAGCCAAGUUUUGAGGAGGAAGAAGAAGAGGAACAGAGGGCUCCAUCAUUGUCUUCCAUUUUGGAAGCCUAUUUUUGA